AUGGCAGAAAACGGCGCGAAUCGCUAUCUACACAAAGCUCUUAACGAGUUCGAUCAUCAUAUUCAGGCUUCGGGUGCUCAUGACUCACAGGCCACUUACAGGAACCCAAACCUACAAAACCAGAUUCUUUUCAUGUUCAAGGACCGUUGGGCUUCAGGUCCGGGCCAGCAUACCAGAAACAUCUACCCAUUCACCAAGAAUGCCUUCAAGCUUGCGAGCCGUCUUCUGACGGAGCGCUUCCCAUUGAUGUGGUUCAGCCAUCUCACGUUCGGCGGGCGCCGUCGCGGCCGCUCAGGUACUUACAUCGUGCCUACGCCUUAUUCGAUCAGUCCUGAAGCGAUGACAAAAGUACGGCAAAACAUUCAACAUGUUGGUGAGGUAAUCACCUUCAUGUUCGAACCUCCAGGUCACCGCAAUGGUGAUGGUUUUGGUGUAACGUGUAGACACAAGGAGCACCAGCAAUUCUAUCGGGAGAUUUGA